AAUUAGUUAAGUGGUUAUUUAUCGAUCCUGUAGCAAAAAAGGUUAGAAUUACACCGAUGCUAGCUUUUACCGUCGGGUUUUCCAUAACGAAGCUUUUAAUAGGCUCACGCACACAAAUUAGUUUCCCGAGUGGCAGUGAUUAUACCAUGGAUGUAAAACAUUGAUUCAAGGGUAUGCGAAUAAUCAAAGGUUUCCCGAUAAAGCUGUGUGGGCGAGAAGUCCUUAUUAGCGACUUCAGUUUUCUGCAACUUUUGUCGACGAAGAAAUUUACGUGGAGCACGCGAAGGCAGCAGAGGUAGUAGUUAUUUUGCAUUCCAAAAUGACGGACCCGACUACGUCGCCAGAGGACCACUGGAAAACAGACGGUGCUUUCAGUGACAGUGGCUUUGACCCUUGUUUCUUUACCGAAACUGCUAGAAAGGGUACAGUUGUGUCCAGGGCCAACAGCAUCGGCUCAACAAGUGCCUCUUCGGUACCAAAUACAGAUGAUGAAGACAGCGACUACAGACACGAGACAUCGUAUAAGGAUUCGUAUAAAGAUCGACGGAGACAAGCACACACGCAGGCUGAGCAGAAGCGUAGAGAUGCUAUCAAGAAAGGCUACGAUGACCUCCAGUCCAUAGUACCAACGUGCCAGCAGCAGUCUGAAUUUGCAGUUGGAGCACAGAAGAUCAGCAAGGCUACAGUACUGCAGAAAACAAUUGACUACAUCCAUUUUCUUCACAAAGAAAAGAAGAAGCAAGAGGAGGAAGUUUCAGUGCUAAGAAAAGAAGUGAUGGCACUGAAGAUCAUGAAAACGAACUAUGAGCACAUAGUGAGGGCCCACCAGAACAACCCACAGCAAGGAGAGGAUCAGGUGUCGGACCAGGUUAAGUUCAACGUCUUUCAGAGCAUCAUGGACACCCUGUUCCAGUCCUUCAGUACUUCUGUCUCAGUGGGCAGCUUCCAAGAACUCUCCGCCUGUGUUUUCAGCUGGAUUGAGGAGCACUGCAAGCCACAGACGCUGAGGGAGUUUGUCGUCGGGGUGCUCCGGCAGCUCAAUAGUCAGCUUUAUUGAUCGGGUGAAACCUCUGGACAGAUAUUGACUUUGGGCUUUCUCUGGCCUCUCAGGGUGGAGUAAAAACUCCAGUCAGCCUCAGUCCACACCACAGUAUUCACACUCACUUCAGCUCACCAGUGACCCCGUGGCUGCGAUUUCAUUACCUCAGCACACACACACACUAUGGGCAGAGAUGGAAAGUUGAUGUAGCAGUUGCGUGUUAUGAGUAUGUCAAAGCCUGUUCUGACCGCUUGUAUUUUUCUUACUGUUGUUCUGCUAAGAAUUUCAGGUGACAAAAACAGGAGCUCAGAAGUCCAAGUAUGAGUGUGCAAAUGAAUGUACAAGUCAAAUGCAUCAGGUACAGUAGAUGUGGUCACUGAAUUUGCAGUAACUUAAGCCCACGUUGAGAUAAAUCAAAACCGAGACUCCUCUUGCAGAUUGAGCGUUUUGCUUCUACAGCCUGUCAACCUAACAGAAACAGAGAGAAGAGAAAGAACGGAGAUGAAACAUGUACAAGUCCGCGUCUUCUCCUCUGUUACGUCUGAACGCUUAACUUUGUCUAAUGCUGAUCCAAAGGUCUUGUUUCAGCUUCAGUGCACAAAUGAUGUGAGUCAGCCGUACCACUCCUGAACCAUACCAGACAACUGUACUACUGCAAGGUAACCGCCAUUUCUCCUCAGUAUAUGCACGCUUCAGCAUUUUAUCACUGAGGUUUGAUUAAAAUGAAUCUCUUCUGCUGUCAGCGUGACAAAAUGUGAGGUUUUUCUUAAUGCAGCUUGUGACAAUUUGCUGAAAUCCGACGAAUGAAAGGUGUGCAAUGCAGGCAGCGUAAAGGUCUAAGAUUUAUGAAUGAUUGUUUAUAUAAACUUUGUCAUGAUUUAGCUACAGCACACAUCGUGUUAAAUGUUAUAAACAGGCAGUUAUACGUGUUGUGUUUGUUUGGAAAAUGUUAAAGUGUUGAUUGUGAUGAACCUUUCAGAUUAUUCUACAACAAGAUUUUUUUAUUAAAGUAUGUAUCAGUGGCUUUUCUGAUCAGGUUCCUGGUGAGAACCACGUACAGAGAUGUAUAGCCGCUGUACUGAAUUCAUUUUUUUUGUACUUUGAGUUUUAAACAUAUGUUAUAAAGCAAAUUUUUUGCAAUGACUUAUGUCAUUUUUUUCUCAUGCAUAUGGCUAAUCUGUUCGAUAAAGUUACAGGGAAAUAUGAUCUUGUUUCAAUACUUCCUUUUUAAAAGCCACCUACUGUAUAACACCACCCAGAGUCAACCUAUGUAAAAGAAAAUAAAUACUUAAUGUUUGUCCUGUUUAAUUUCCCCAAGUCAAAUGCAAAUAAAGUGUGAAAGCCAACAGCAGAAACAGA